AUGGCCCCAAAAAUAACAUUAUAUCAUGAUAAACAUGUUAUAAUAGAGUUAUAUAAUGAUAAACAUGUUAUAAUAGAGUUAUAUUAUGAUAGACAUGUUAUAAUAGAGUUAAAUCAUGAUAAACAUGUUAUAAUAGAGUUAUAUCAUGAUAAACAUGUUAUAAUAGAGUUAUAUCAUGAUGAACAUGUUAUAAUAGAGUUAUAUCAUGAUAAACAUGUUAUAAUAGAGUUAUAUCAUGAUAAACAUGUUACAAUACAGUUAUAUCAUGAUAAACAUGUUACAAUACAGUUAUAUCAUGAUAAACAUGUUAUAAUAGAGUUAUAUCAUGAUAAACAUGUUAUAAUAGAGUUAUAUCAUGAUAAACAUGUUAUGAUAGAGUUAUAUCAUGAUAAGCAUGUUAUAAUAGAGUUAUAUCAUGAUAAACAUGUUAUAAUAGAGUUAUAUAAUGAUAAACAUGUUAUAAUAGAGUUAUAUCAUGAUAAACAUGUUAUAAUAGAGUUAUAUCAUGAUAAACAUGUUACAAUAGAGUUAUAUCAUGAUAAACAUGUUAUAAUAGAGUUAUAUCAUGAUAAACAUGUUAUAAUAGAGUUAUAUCAUGAUAAACAUGUUAUAAUAGAGUUAUAUCAUGAUAAACAUGUUAUAAUAGAGUUAUAUCAUGAUUAA